AUGAGUGGAAUUUUAAAGAGGAAGUUUGAAGAAGUUGAUGGCUCCUCACCUUGUUCCUCUGUGCGGGAAUCAGAUGAUGACAUUUCCAGCAGUGAAAGCGCUGACAGUGGUGAUAGUGUCAAUCCGUCCACUUCUAAUCAUUUUACCCCUUCAUCAAUCCUGAAGAGAGAGAAGCGGAAGAGAACAAAAAAUGUCCAUUUCAACUGUGUUACUGUGUAUUACUUCACAAGAAGACAAGGCUUCACCAGUGUUCCCAGCCAAGGGGGAAGCACGCUGGGAAUGUCGACGCGGCACAACAGUGUGCGCCAAUACACGCUUGGAGAGUUCGCGAUGGAACAGGAGAGGCUUCACCGAGAAAUGUUAAGAGAGCAUCUAAGGGAGGAAAAACUCAAUUCUUUAAAACUGAAGAUGACAAAGAAUGGUACAGUGGAAUCUGAAGAAGCCAACACCCUGACGCUGGAUGACAUUUCUGAUGAUGAUAUUGACCUGGACAACACUGAAGUAGAUGAGUACUUCUUCCUACAACCCCUGCCAACAAAGAAGCGGAGGGCAUUGCUGCGAGCUUCUGGAGUGAAGAAGAUUGAUGUGGAAGAAAAACACGAGCUGCGAGCCAUCCGCCUGUCCAGAGAGGACUGUGGCUGUGACUGCCGUGUGUUCUGUGAUCCAGAAACCUGCACUUGCAGUCUCGCAGGCAUAAAGUGCCAGGUGGAUCGUAUGUCCUUUCCAUGUGGUUGCACUAAAGAAGGCUGUAGCAAUACAGCAGGCAGAAUUGAAUUUAACCCUAUCCGUGUACGGACUCACUUUUUGCACACGAUAAUGAAACUUGAGUUGGAGAAAAACAGAGAGCACCAAGUUCCAGCCCUGAAUGGCUGCCACGGUGAGAUAAGUGCACACACUAGUUCUGUGGGUCCAGGACCCCACCCGGUUGAGUAUUCAAUUGCAGAAAAUUUUGAGAUCGAAACUGAACCUCCAGCUGCAGUCAUGCAUUCUCAGUCGGCCGAGGACUUGGACUGCCCAGGGGAAGAGGAGGAAGAGGAAGAUGGCAGUAGCUUUUGUAGUGGAGCUACAGAUUCUAGCACACAGAGUUUAGCCCCUAGCGAAUCGGAUGAUGAUGAACAGGAAGAGGAAGAUGAGGAGGAAGAUGAUGAGGAAGAAAAAGUGGAUGAUUUUGUAGAAAGCAUGAGCUCCCAUGCUGAUAUGGUGCCUCUUCCUUCUGUCCUUUGCUACUCUGACGGAACUGCUGUGCAUGAAAACCACUCUAAAAAUGCCUCAUACUAUACUAACGCUUCAAAUCUGUAUUACCAAAUAGAGAACCACAUUGCUGGCACUGCUAACCAGAUCGGCGAGACAUAUUCAGAAAGGGAUGCUGUCAAGAACGGUAGUCUUUCUCUGGUGCCUUACAACAUGACUUCAGAACAGUUUGUUGACUACACACGGCAAUCAGAGGAAACUUUUAGCGGCCAUCAUUACCCUUCUGCAAACCCCUCAGUGAUUGUGUGCUGCUCUUCAUCUGAAGGUGACAGCAGUGCUCCUUGUAACAGUUUAUAUGCUGAGCAUAGGCCAAGUCACCCCCAAGUGGAAUUUCACUCAUAUUUGAAGGGUCCUUCUCAAGAUGGCUUUGUUUCGGCUCUGAAUGGCGACAGUCGCGUACAAGAGCACCCUGCUGAGAAUUCACUAAACCUCCCAGAAAAGAGCAGACUGCAUGAGGAGUGCAUCAAAUCACCAGUGGUAGAAACGGUACCUGUUUAAUAUUUAAAUUAUUCUAGGACUGACUUCCUGUAUUAGAAU